AUGGUUCCCGCCGGUGGCUCGUCGUCUCCGAUCCCGGAUCCCAUUAAACUCACUUUAGCUCAAGUAAAGUCUCCUCACCCUAAUGAUGCCGUUGGAUUCGAAAAGAUGCAAGCAGAUGUAGCCAAUGUACGAAGAUCUUUUGAUUCCGUUGAGAGGACCUUACCCGGCUUUACGUGGAUUUUUCUUCGGGGCUUUAUGGAAAGGUUUGGUCUGAAAGACUGCGUUGAUAUUGAAGAAAUGUCUUUGCGCCUUUCAGCUCUGGAUAAUGAAAUUCCUAUGUAUACAUCGAUUGUUCCACACACAUAUGAUCUCGAAAAGUAUGCUGCCGAACUAAAGCUGGUACUGAGUCGCAUCCCUUCAGAAAUCUCUAGUCGGAAUGAAUUUAUCGAUUUGAUUAAACAAAUCGCCGGUGCCAUUAAAAACUUCCUCGACUGCAUCCGCUCGGUUAUCAGUGCUAUGUCGCAGGGAGUCAUAUCUCAGGACUUGGAUGGGCACACAGUUAACUUUGUGGAUUAUUCAAAGAGAUUUAGUAGUGCUCUCAAGGGCUUUUUCCGCGACCACAAAACCAACGAACUGUACGCAAGCGCCAACAUGCUAGUGCAGCAGACCAAUCUGAUACUUCUCUUUAUUCGCAACACUCGUUAA